GCACCGCAGCAACUUUCUCUCUGUGUCUGGGUCGAAAUGAUCAUCCGCAGCGUUUCAUCGACAGAAACACAAACGCCACAUGGUCGACGCUAAAUCCUGAAACCUGAAAUGUGGACGGGACUCACCUGAGACCCGGACUGCUAAAGGUUUAGAAACCUUAAUUUCCAACCAGGCUUCUUAUUUGGGAGUAUUAACCGGUCGUUUUAUUAAAAUGGGUGCACUCUGGACGAACUGCGUUUUCCUCCUGGCUUGUUGCUGUGGAUCAGGGUUUGGAAGCCCAAACAGAUGCGACGAAGUGCGCAAAGUUUUCCAACUCAGGCAAAUUGGACCAAUUCAAUUAUUGCCAAUAAGUCCCCGACCAGGUUCAGACCUUCAGGUGUGCAUGUCCAAGAACCUGACCUGCUGCACCAAAAAGAUGGAGGAGAAGUACCAGUUGGCGGCCCGGAGAGACAUCCAGAACCUUCUCCAGAUGUCCAGCACCAGCAUUAAGUUUCUCAUCGCACGCAAUGUGGCUGCAUUUCAAGAGACCUUUGAGGUUCUGAUGAGGCAGGCGGAGAAUCACACUAACGCCGUCCUUCAGGAGUCUUACCGCAGCAUGGCUGAUCAGGCCGUGGGGCCUGUGCGGGAACUCUUCACCGACAUCGGCCUCUUCCUGCUGGGAUCUGAGCUCAGCGUUGAUGACUUAGUGCAGCGAUUCUUUGACGCUCUCUUCCCACUGGUCUACAAUCACCUCAUCAACCCAGGUCUCAGCGACAUAUCACCAGGCUACGCCGAGUGUGUGAGGUCGUCAAGACGUGACGUGAGACCGUUCGGUGGGGCGCCUGGCCUCCUGGCGGAUCAGAUUUCUCGCUCUGGCGUCUCUGGGAAGCUUCUUCUUCAGGCACUGCACCUUGGCAUCGAGGUCAUAAAUACUACAGACCACUUACAGCUGAGCCGCGAGUGCAGACGGGCCCUGCUCAAGAUGCACUACUGUCCUCACUGCCAGGGCUUAACCCAGUCCAAGCCCUGCAUGGGUUACUGCCUCAACGUGAUGCGGGGCUGUUUGGCAAGCAUGGCAGAGAUUGACACCCACUGGAGGGAGUUUGUUCGCUCACUGGAGGGCCUGUCAGCACGGAUGCAUGGACCUCAGGAUUUAGAGCAAGUGCUCCUGGGAGUUCACACGCUGCUUCAUGACGCUGUCGGGCAAGCUCAGAAAAAUGGACCCCGUCUCUCAGCACAGGUGCAUAAACUGUGUGGCCCACCAAGCAGGAAGCCUGCACAGUCAGCCAACAUCCAGCACAGCAAUAGCAGAGAAUCCAUCCCUCUUACAGCAGCCAUCAGAGCGUCUGGAGACUCGCUUGCUGUCAGGAGAAGGGAAUUUCUGAACAGUCUACGUCACUAUCGCACCUACUACGGUGGUCUGGCAGAUCAGCUGUGUGUGAGUGAGCUGGUCUUUGGUGACGGGAUGUCCUGCUGGAACGGAACUGACAUGGUGAAAAGCUACACCCUCCGUGUGGUCGGCAAUGGGAUCAAAGCUCAAAGCGCCAACCCUGAAGUCAAAGUGAAGGAAGCAGACCCUGUGAUUAAUCAAAUCAUUGACAAACUGAAGCACAUCAAUCAGCUGUUGCAGGGAAAGUCCAUUCCUAAACUGGGGUCGCUGGACCAGAUCGAAACAGGCAGUGGAGAUGUGGAGGGACAGUACAGCGGCGACUGUGAUGAUGAGGACGGUUGUGGGGGAUCAGGUGGCGGUGAGGUGAAGAGGAAAGUCUCCAGAGUCUCCAAAAUGAACCCAGAUGUGACGGGUGAUCACAAACAUCAUCAUCAUUAUCAUCAUCAUCCACCUGUCGAGGAUUCAGAAGUGGAGGGCAGAUCCAGGGGCCUUGGACUGACAGGAGCCAUCUGGGUCUUGAUAUUGCCUUGUUUACAUAUGCUCCUGGCCUUGUAACAGCUGCCUUUUUGCAGCAUGAAACUGUCAAGACUUGAUUCCAAGCUUAUUUAUCCAGAAACGAAAGGGCAAGUGGACGUAACAUGCUCCGGCAUGAAAUGGAGCACCACUUCCACAAAGUGCAGAAGCGAAUUCAUCGUGAGGAAAUGACAAGACACUGUGGCUUCUGUAAGACAGCACAUGGUUCAGCUUUGCAAAUAUUAACUGAUUAUUUUUUUUUAUCAGUUACCUGGCAUUCAUUAACACUAAUAAUGACUUACUUACAACAGCAGGAUUUCACAAAUAACUCCAGCACACUUUGUAAAAAAUUGGUAUUGAUUUAAUUGUAUUUCUGCACAUAAUAUAUGUCAUCUGUAGAUAUAUGCAUAAGCAUUUGUUUGCUUUUGCAUAUCACUCUUUAAUGCACUCUACACAGCACAGGUUGUACUUUUCUUAAAUGGGGUUUUACAACUGCUGUGAAAGGAGUAAAAUAACCGGAAAGGUUAAUUUUGGUGUUGGAUUUGAAAUUGAAAAAUAAACUGUCUCCACAGCUCCUGCAUUUUCAAUAUUUGUACAAGCCCAAAUUCAAAUAGCCUGUUAUUCUUAUACAAUCUUAGGAAUCCCUUCUGUGUACAAACCAUAAUUUUUACAGUCAUUUUUAUACAGAACUGCUUCAGAUUGUGUGUCAGAUAUUGUAGAUAACCUGUAGAAAACAGUAAGCUAUCAGAUGUGUACUGUUUGUUUUUGUGCAUUUUUGAAUAGUGUAGGAACAGAAGAGAAUUUGAGACAUCUGCUUAUCUUCACUUGUAAUAACUACCAUGCUGUCCAGAGCAUGUUUAAUUGGUACAUUUCAAUUGCAAAAUUAACCUAUAAUGCUAAUGCUGA